AUGGAGUUGUCACUUAUGGGUGGUGUGAGUGCUGACUUUCUGAAUUCACCAGAUGAUGAUGAACCGGGACCUGUCAUUUUAGAAGAUGUUCUAAUUGAGGUAUUUAGAACAUUGUAUUCUCAAUGCAAAGCAGAAUUGGAUCUUCAGAUGGAACCACCCUUCAGCAAGGACCAUGCUCAGUUAAGCAGUAAAUUAAGGGAAAACAAGAAAACAGCUGAGCUGAUUAAAACUGCGAAUCUCCUCUUUAAUUCCUUUGAACCUUAUUAUAUGUGGGAUUACAUUGCACGCUGGUUUGAAGAAUGUUGUCGGAGAACACUGCAUGCCAGACUUCAGGUUGGGCCUGGAGACAGUAGUGACUCAUCUGAGUUACAGCUGACCAAUUUCUGCUUACUGGUGGAUUUUUUGUUGGAUAUUGUCUCUUUGCCUACUAGAAGUAUGAGGGUGCUGUGUCAGGAAACUUAUAUUGAAAUCCAGACAGAACACCUGCCCCAGUUACUGCUAAGGAUGAUUUCUGCCUUGACAAGCCAUCUCCAGACGUUACGCUUGUCUGAGCUCACAGAUUCUCUAAGGCUCUGCUCAAAGAUCCUUAGCAAGGUUCAGCCCCCACUGUUAUCUGCUGGCACUGGAGGUGUGGUACAGUUUCCAAGUGGGCAGAAGAGCACAGUCAAGGAAUGGGAAGACAAAAAGGUAAUGUUCGCUGGGAUCUUGGUACCAGAUCAGUUAAGGUUUUCAGUGCAGAACAUUUGUUGAGUUAAAUCAUUUCACUAU